AUGAGUGAAAAUCGUCAUCAGCAACAAAAAUUCAAGAGAAACAUACAAAUUACCAAUUCUACCAUAACACAACUAUCUCAAUCAAUCAAUCCUCACUGUCCAAACUCCCCUCGUCGCUACUGUAAUCUAAUCGUGCUUGAUGGACUCGUACAAACCAUAGUAUGGGGAGGAGGAAGCAAAGCACCACAACAGAUAAAGAAGAGGGGAAAUGGAAAUACUCACCCCACGCGAGACGAAGUUGGCAUUUCCGGUGAGGACACAGCGUUCCCGGUCUGGAUCUGCAGCGGCGGCGUCGGUGACUUGACCGCCGGCCUCGAGGUGGAGUUCUGCUCGCCUUCUCCCGUUGCGGCCUGCGGGCUUGACAGCGCCAGCGCAGCCGCGGAAGCGGAACCAGCCAUCUUGGUGGAGCGGUGGAGCCGCCGGUCGCACGCAGGAGCUGCCGGCGUGGAGUGGAGUGGAGCUGCGACCUGCGAGAGAGCGAGAGCGAUUGCGAGUGUGCGUGGUGGGCGGGUGCGUGGGACUGGAGUGGGAGAGCAAGAGGAUGAGCAUAUAUCUAGGUUUAGACUAAAACAUAUAUUGGGCCAAAUUAUAAAUUUAUAA